AUGUACAGCUGCAACUGCGCAGAACGGCUGGCAAUGAGGAAGCACCAGUUGGGAAGGUGGCUGGCCCCACCCCAGACCUUGGCAAGCCCAGCCAGCAGCCUGCAAAGGCCGGUGGCGGCGCAGGGGAGACGGCGGAGGCGCACGUCGCGCUGCAGUCGCAGGGAGCUGAGCCCCCAGAGGCGGAUGGGAACAUCAAGAAGAAGAAGAAGAAGAAGAAGAGGAAGGCUUUGUUGGAGGGAGAAGAUCUGGAGAUGCUGCUGCGGCAGGACUCGGAGGAUCCAGUGCCACCGCCAGUCAAGCUGCGAGGGACGGCACCCAAGCAGGCCAGAGCGAAUCCCAAGGAGGGACCCUCCAAUGCCAGCCCCGCACCAAAGGCACCCAGAGGCAGCCUUGGUGAGGGCAAGCGGCCGCGCCGCAGCAGCAUGGCUUCCACGACUGGUGGGACGGAGGGCCCGGCGGGCGCCAAGAGGCCCCGAACAACCAGACAGGGCCCUCUCGGUCAACCAGAAGGCCCACCUCCCACCCUGCCUGUCCAGCAGGGGGCUGUCGAAGCGCGGGCCGGGCAGCAGGAAGACAGCAGCACACCCCCGCCCGGUCAUCCGAAAGACAGCGUGCUUCCGGUCGCGGACGCGCUGCUCAGCCAGCCUGCACCCGGAGGCCAGAAGGCCGGCAGCAUCGAACCUGCCGCACCUGUGGAGAUUGAGGGUGCCGCACUGA